AUGUCUCGAACCCUCGUCGCCCGCGAAAAAGACACGCUCAAGCUCCCCGUGGAGAAUGUGUGGGCGGUCGUGUCGGCCUUUGGGGCAGUCAAGACCUGGAUCCCCACCAUCGGCGGCACCACCGUCACCGGCCAGGGCAUCGGGGCAGUCAGGAGCGUCGAGUUCCUGGGCAACGUGCUGCAGGAGAAACUGGAGGUGUCUGAUGCCGACAGCCACACCGUCUCGUACCGGAUCAUCGACUCGGACGCCCUGCCCUUCAAGGGCGGCUACGGCAGCGUGGCGCUCGAACCCGUCGACGACAAGACCACCGCCAUCACCUGGAGCUGCGACGCCGAGGAGGUCGAUGCCGAUGGGAUCCAGGCCGUGUCGGGCACGCUUUCUGUUUUCAUCAAGAGUGCCAUUCAGGGGCUCAAAGAUGCCUUGUACCGAGAGGUCCAACCGUUGGGGGUGUGA